GUAAAAUACUACUACUAUUCAGAUUUGUGUUCUUUUGUAUAGAACCCAGUUAGUUACGCUGAACAUAUCUCCUCCAACACAGACAGAAGACAGCUAUGCAUUACUGGGUUCGAGCUUCACCAGCCGAUUUCACCGGACCACUUCCUCAACCUCGAAGUGGCCACACCGCAGUCAACAUCGGAAAGUCAAAGAUCGUAGUGUUUGGUGGUCUCGUUGAUAAGAAAUUCCUCAAUGACAUCUCUGUAUAUGACAUCGAUAAUAAGCUAUGGUUUCAGCCUGAAUGCACCGGUAGUGGUUCAGAAGGGCAAACGGCACCCAGUCCUCGAGCAUUUCAUAUCGCCAUUGCAAUCGACUGCCAUAUGUUUGUUUUCGGCGGGAGACUCGGUACCAAAAGGUUGGGAGACUUUUGGGUCCUGGAUACCGAUAUAUGGCAAUGGUCUGAGCUUACGAGUUUCGGUGAUUUGCCUUCACCAAGAGACUUUGCAGCUGCUUCAGCUAUCGGGAAUCAAAAAAUAGUAAUGUAUGGCGGAUGGGAUGGUAAAAAGUGGUUAUCUGAUGUAUUUGUCUUGGAUACAAUGUCGUUGGAGUGGACUGAGUUGGCGGUUUCGGGAACAUUGCCGCCACCAAGGUGUGGCCAUACGGCCACUAUGGUUGAGAAGCGGUUGCUUGUAUAUGGUGGAAGAGGAGGUGGAGGGCCAAUCAUGGGUGAUUUAUGGGCGUUGAAGGGUCUCAUCGAUGAAGAUACUGAAGUUCCUGGAUGGACCCUAUUGAAGCUUCCUGGUCAAGCUCCAGCUGCCCGUUGUGGGCAUACUGUUACUUCUGGAGGCCACUAUCUUCUCAUGUUUGGUGGCCAUGGAACUGGUGGUUGGUUGAGUCGCUAUGACGUUUAUUUUAACGAUUGUGUUGUUCUAGACAGGGUAUCUGUGCAGUGGAAACGCCUGGCAACUAACGCUGAAGCUCCUUCUCCCCGUGCUUACCAUACCAUGACAUCUAUCGGCUCUCGUUAUUUGUUAUUUGGUGGCUUUGAUGGGAAAGUGACACAUGGCGAUUUAUGGUGGCUAGUUCCAGAAGAUGAUCCAAUUACAAAGAGAUUGUCUGCAUCUCCGUCAGAAGCAAUUCAUGAAAGUCAUGAUUCCUCUAUGUCUAGUGGCUUCAGAUCGAAAACAAAGGAAAACCACAUGGACGGGUCAGCCAUCUCAGAGCUACAAAAAAGAUUAAAUAUUUCCGUUUCAUUUUCCGGUGGUCUUCAAAUUAUUCACGAGCACGAAGAUAAAGAAUUUCUUGAACUAGCUUCAAGGAUUACUGGAAACACGACAUUUACUAACAAACAGGCAGCUCAAGCACUUCGUGAGCAUUGGCGAAACUCUACGCCAAAAUCGUUACGUUUGAAGGAGCUAAGUGUGUUACUGCGUGACUACCAACGCCUGAUUUCUCGCCAUCACUUGGCAAAUGUUGGAUCUCAUUUACAGUCUACAGAAUCUGGCUUCAUAGAGAAAGAUACAUUUCGGCUUUAUCACAUUACGAAUGCUUCUCAGCUACGCAUGAGUGAUAUCCCCAGUCUGUUGACAGAGUACAAACAACUUCCAUUGGAUUAACGGCAUUUAUAAAAGAAUCUUGCAUACAAAAACGGAUUACACAAGAUAAUACUAUGGUAGACGUGCGGGCAGAGGAUUGUACCUUCUUCUGACAGCUUUGUCCCAGCGAUCUCGCCUCACGGUUAGCCACAUCUAUCUUUUUUCUAACCGCUGCUAUCUCUUUCCUUAGUGGGUCUGUCAAAACUUCAAGCUCCUGUAAUAUGUUUUUACACAAAUAGAAUGAGAAAUCUUUUAACAACCUUACAUGCAUUCUGUUUCAUCUUUGUGAUUUAGUAAUUAACUGGAACGAUCAACUUUUUGAAACCGUCUUUACUUCA